AUGACGCGAACCGCCGUCGAGGAAAUCAAAUUUGAAGCCCCUGCGUGGGAGCACAAAACGGUUCAAAUUGCAGACGACGGCAGGAGAUUGAGUUCUUCUGUCAAUGAUGACGCUGCACGUCCCAAAGGCCGCAUACGGCGGUCAAUGACCGCCUGCAACACCUGUCGCAAGCUAAAGACUCGGUGCGACCUGGACCCGCGCGGUCACGCAUGUCGCCGGUGUCUGUCAUUGAGAAUCGAAUGCCAGCUACCGGAGACAAGUGAGCGCUUCCAGGACAAUGCGUCGAUGUGGUCGGACGCCACGACUGCCAUUCCUUCCAUUGAAGAGCGCCUCACUUCGCUCGAGCGGAGCAUGCGUGAAAUGACGGGCAUGUUGCGCCAAAUCAUAAACCAGCCGCCCAGUAUUGCGAGCAUGUCCGCACCUCAAUUGACCCAAAGCACCAACACGGAGGAAACGGUUUCCAUCGAAGGGAAUCAGUUCUCUCCGUUCCUGCCUAAGCCGAUUCGCUUGAUCCAAGAGCUGCAGUCGGAGUUUUUCGGCGAACCAAGUGUCCUCACUCCUAGCACUCCGUUCUGUGGGAAUAGCAUGGAGAAAGGAUUCAUUGAUUCCAAACUAUCGCUCAAACUGAUGCAAUUAUUCGUGGAGCAUUUCGGACCCUGGGUCUCGAUCAACAAUUUAUCGGACAUGCAGGACGAGAUGCAAAGACCCGAUUCGCUGCUAUAUAACACAGCCUGCCUGCUGGCGUCGCGAUAUGUUCCAGGCAUCCCAACACCGGUGGUCCGCGCCAUGUAUCUCCAAGUCCGACAUGAAGCAGUCAAUACGCUGUGGGAGAAGCCUCCUCUGCAGUACGAGUCGCUUCAAGCCCUCGCCCUUCUUUGUCUGUGGCCCGCGACCGUCCAAAGAGAAGCCCCCAUCGAUAGCUGGCUAUUGAGCGGGAACUCGAUCAACCAGUCGCUGAUCACCUUUGACUUCCUCAACUAUGCGCCUUCCGAGCUAAUCAUGGACAACAAAACGGCUACGCAAUUGCGGCUGUGGAAUAUCUUCUGCUUGACGCAGCUACGAUUCGCGGUCGGAAAUGCGCGCCCGUUCCAUAUUCAGCAGCGAUAUCUGGAUCAUUGCCCUCGGCUGCUGGAGCAUCCGAGUGCGACAUUCGAAGACGGAAAGGUCAUGGCGGAGAUUCAGCUGUAUUUGAUCACGCUGAAGCUGCAGGGCAGCAACCCGCGCAUGCGACUUGCCGACGUCGAAUAUGAGGAGAUCGAGCGGUGGAAAAUGGAAUGGGCUCACCUAUUCAGUAAGAAACCCACAGAGCAAAAUACGGAUUUCCCCAGAAAACCAGGAGCUGACAGCCUGACAGCUGGCGAAGAAAAUUCAACACUCGAACUGAGCCUCUGGUACUGCGAAAUCCUGCUUCACAGAACUGCCAUGCGAUUCCAGUCGGAGUCCGACCGACUCACGGCCGAGGUUAUCCAAGCGUCACGUCUCAUCAUCUCCAAAUUCCUACAACUCCGCCUUUCAACCGCGCUCAGCGUUGUCGACCAGACGUAUAUCAUCGUUGGCUACGCUGCACUUAACCUCUGCGACUUCAACUUCCUCGACCCUCUCAUCGACCAGAUCCAGAUGUACCUGCUCCACCUGGCCCCCAACGAAGACCACAUCGCCUACCGCUUUUCCUGCAUGAUCGCGGAGUUCAAACGGCGCUGCGCCGAAUGCACCGACCCUUGCACGGCGAUGGACAGUUCGCAGUCAUCGUUCGGGGAUGCGCGGAAGCUGAGCAUGGAGCACAUCCAGUUCAUGCCACCCCCGCCGCCCCCUGGAGCCCUGGUCGAUGGCCUGAUGGAGGGGUAUGGUAGUUUGGACGGACUCAUCCCGGAAAUUAUGCCGCAAUCGUUCCCCGAUAGCGUGCUCAGUGGGAUGACGAUGGCCGAGGCGAUUCCGGCUGGAUAUCGCUCGGCGACUCUCUAG